AGGUGGAGCUUGGAGAGGAGGAGCCGAGCGGCACCCGCGAAGAUCGAGCGAGUGAAGAGGAGGAGAGCGGCCGGAGAAGGAAGACAUCUGACCGGUAAGCGUGUACCAUGGGAGAGGGAGGGAGCGAGCGAGCCCAGGCUGGAGCAGGGCAGCACCAUACUGCAACAGGGGUCAGCAAGUGUCAAUGGUGUAAGUGGGAGGAAUAGUGCCACAUCAUUGGUGUCACUGAUACUAAUGAUGGGGCACUAUUCCUCCCACUGACACCAACGAUGGGGCACUAUUCCUCCCACUGACACCAACGAUGGGGCACUAUUCCUCC